UGCUGGCUGCCCGUCACGUGGCUGCCUCCGCGACGCGCCUUUGUGUCGUCGUGGCGCGCAAGUUUCUCACUGCCGUGGCAAGUGCGGCUUUCACGCGGGUUAAAAUCGCUAUGUCACAAGCUACGGGUGAGCGGUCCCCGUGGAUCGGGUCAACGACAGGAACGUCGCGGCGGACAACGCAGUCGCCGGAGUACUUCCUCGCGUCAACGACACCGCCAAGCAUUUUGUUUACAUGGGCGCCGUAGACUCCGGAAGCUUCCCGACACCCGCUGUGCGACGCUGCUUUGAUUCGAAGAGCGCGACUCCGUCUCCCUAUGCAGGACAUGUGAAGGAACAGCUUGACAGGUCAUUUGAUGUUCGACGGCUAGUUAGCAUACUUGUCCAAACGGAAUCCAGGUUCCAGUUGACCUAAGAAGGACAUGGUUUCUUCCGUUUCCCGAAGCGGCCGUCCUGACCGUUCACUGCUUUCCUAUCGUCCUACCAGUCUAUCCCGCGGCAAUCUACGGUAGUGCCCAGCUGGUCUGAAUGCAUUACCGACGCACCUCGUCACGCAGCAUCACCACGACACAUGACGCCGCAUUUCACUGAGGGUGGAGUACUGCCGAAUAAAUUGGCUUACGCACAAAAGAAAUGCCACGACAGCAUCAACUCCUCGGUGGCCUAUACGCGCCCCAAGCCCACUUGGCAACACACUUGUGGCGAUGGACACCCCGGCAUCUGCUAGUUCUCUUGUAACUUUGCAGGUGCAGGUACCAGGAUAAAAAGCCUGCGGAAGUAUGAGACCGGCGUGGUGCGAUGUCCCUGGUGAACCUGUUUGGCGGCCUUCGGCGCCUUCUGCGCCGGAGGCACGUGCACAUCGACAACUGCGUCUUCAGGCUCCACUGGCUGGUCACGUCGUCGCUGCUGAUCGCCUUCAGCCUGCUGGUCUCGGCGCGCCAGUAUGUGGGCGACCCGAUCGAGUGCGUGCCACCGACGAGCGACUUCCCGAUGGACGUGCUCAACACGUACUGCUGGAUCCACUCGACCUUCACCAUGCCAACGGCGCUCGACAAGCGUGUCGGGCUGGACGUGCCGCACCCGGGCGUCGACAACUCGGGUGGUGCCGAUCGCCGCUACACCGCCUACUACCAGUGGGUGGCCUUCACGCUGUUCUUGCAGGCGGUGUUCUUCUACAUUCCCUACUACCUGUGGAAGAACUGGGAAGGAGGCCUCCUCGAGGUCAUCACCAUGGGGAUGCACGUCGCGAUCAUGGAGGAGAAGGACCGCAGUCACAAGAAGCGAGUGCUCACCGAGUACCUGCACAGGCACAUGCGCCACCACAGGCUGUACGCGCUCAAGUACAUAUUCUGCGAAUUUCUCAGCUUCGUCAACGUCGUCGGGCAGAUGUUCUUUAUGGACAAGUUUCUCGGCGGCGAGUUCUGGAACUACGGCGUCCAGGUUGUCCAGUUCACGCUCACCGACCAAGAGGAGAGGCGCGACCCCAUGAUCUACGUCUUCCCGCGAAUGACCAAGUGCAUCUUCCACUCCUUCGGCUCUUCGGGAGACGUGCAAAGGCACGACUCCCUGUGUAUCCUGCCGCUGAAUGUGGUCAACGAGAAAGUGUACGUUUUCCUGUGGUUCUGGUUUGUGACGCUACUAGUGCUCACCACGGUGGUGUUCGUGGGCCGGCUCGUGAUCCUUGCAGUGCCCAAGUUGCGCUUCCAGGUGUUAAAGUCGAGGAGCCCGCUACUAAACUCGGACGACCUGCGGACGUUGGCGCAGUCCGCAGACGCUGGCGACGCCUUCCUUUUUUAUAUGCUCGCACAGAAUCUCGACCCCCUGGUGUACAAGGAGGUAGUGGCAGAUCUGACGGUUGUUAUGAACCAAAAGUCAAGUGAGGACAGAUCACCGCUCAACGCGAUUUGAGUUCCCAGUGCUGUCAAAAGAACUGAAAGGCGUCUCCGUACAGCAGUCCCCUGCCCGAGGUUUUUCCGCGCUCCGUGUUGGUGGGGACUAUACGAGGCAGGAGACAGGCGGUGCAGGCAUCGUAUGAAUUACUGCCGAUACACCAUUACCUCCACAAUCACAAAUUAAGAUUGUUUUUGUUGUGGUGAUUGUCGCUAAUUUAUUCCAGCUCUUCCAGUUAAUUAAACAUUACUUUUUAAUCUAUUUAGCGCAAAAUCUUUUUCACAUUAACAUUGCCUCAUCGUGAACUUACAGUGCGUUUCUGGAAAGCGCCUGCUUUUUUACUUUGAAUGUAGCACUUCUGUAUUGAUCCUGGAGUGGUGCCAGUGGGUAGAAACAACGCACAAAGCAAAUUGCGACACACCAGGCGCUGUGCCCGAACCGGUGAUUCUCUGACAACUGAGUAGGAGAGGGAAAUGCUAAGAAUCUAAUCAAAACAGCUACUGGAAGAGCCGUCCGUGGACACUGUCACGUGUCUCGCGGCGUGCGCAAGCUCGCUUUGCUAUACAAAAGUAACAGCAAGCAGCAAUCAAGGCUGACAAGCCUAAUAUAUUGUUAGGGAACUCCCUAGCACAGAUUCGUUCCUUCUUGCGACACAGAUCACACGUUCAACAUUAUUUCUCCAGGUUCAACUAUAUGUCUCGCCGAACCGACUUCCCUUGCUGUAUACAGCUAUUCCGACAAAUUAGAAUGUGAACAUGUCGUUGAUACUUUUUUUAUUUAAAGAAGUAGUCGAACGAAAGUGAACUUCUAAGACACUGAUUCAGAGUAAUUUAGGAAACGGAAAAUGGUUACAAGAAAGAAUGAACACUUUCUACGUGGGCUAAAAGUUUCACCCUGACAUUCUUAAUUCAAGCACAAGGGCGUCUCAUGCGCAUGAGAAUUCGUGUUUGAACAUUUCUUUUGCAGUGUAAGUAAGUAAACGCGUAAGGUCAGCCCCUCACAACAAUCAAGGAACGGAGUAGGAAAGAAUUCGACACGGUCACGAUGCACAAAUCAAAAUAAACAUGUAUCAACCAGAAAAUUCUACUAUUUGGCAUUUUAAGAAUAUACACUCUGUCUGUUGAUGGAAUGUUCAGUCAACGAUAUGUUUACAACUAAAGCUACCCUUAUGUGAAGCAUGACUUCAAUUCCAAAUGUAUGCUAGUGACCUGUUUCAGUGCGCACUAUUGAACAUUAUUUGUGGCAAAUGAGUCUUAAGAAAAAUAUGUCUUCGUGCCCAAAAUCACAACGGCAAGAUAUCACGACGGCAAGAUAUGUUAUUUAUCUGUUAUGUUGUGUAAGAUAUGCUGGAACAUGUUCCUCGUAUUACUACUAUCGUCCGUAUCUUUUCGUUAGAAAGGCAACCGCCAUCAGACAUAACCAUACAAAAGCCCGCAAAGAAUGGCUAAUUGCCGAAUGGGGGUUAAUAUUGUGCAGCAGUAAGAAAAUUAUAGAGAUCCUGUGACAGAAUUCAGCCCGUGGUGAAGAUGAAGUCACUGAAAAAGAAACAACGUGCGGUAUGUAAGUGAAGAUCUCACUGCGUCCAGUAUAAGUAUGAUACUUUGCCCGGGGGGGGGGGGGGGGGGGGGUAGAAGUGAGGACACCGCAGUGUUGGAACGAACUAGAAUAGCUGUGUAAAUAACUUUAAGCUUCAGCAAUUUUUACACAUGGCAUAGUUGUGGAUCUAUAAUGGGUUAGAUUAGGGGUGGCAAAAAUAACACAGGAAAGAAAGUACAGACCACAACGCUUAUAUGUGUCUAAAAGCAAUAUGUUCUUUCUUUCAAAUAAAAUUUAGCUUCCAGUAAGAUCUGGUGGUGAAGCUUCUUUCCCGUGUUCCUGUCCGUAGCGCCACCCUGAGAUAUAACUCUAGGCCGCAUAAAAAGGCAGGGAGAUCAUGCAGGUUCUUCAUGGUUCAGUGUUGCAAGCACAAUUGCGGGCAUUAUCAACAAUUAUGUACUAUCAAGGUUUCUGCUAAUGCUCGAUGACACAUCAUCCGGGUUGUCCGAUGCAGUUGCAAGCCGAAGUAAAAAAAAAAAUCUGAUACUACCUCCUGCUCCCGCAGAAGCAAAUUUUCUUGUAAUGUUGAACUGUCAUGCUAAACCUCUGCAUUUAAGGAAGCCUGCUUCAAGUGACCCUUAUUGACUUAUUGACCACGCCCAAAUUUUCAUUCAUGCUCUAGUUUUGCACCUUGAGCAGCACAAAUUCUUAAUUAAAGGAUAAUUACCCUCAAAAUACAGCUGUAACAGCGUGGUGGUAUUGAUGACUCUGUUUCGGUGCUUCAGCUCAAUAUUGAAAGCAUUGUUUAAUAUCGAAUAAGAGCUUAGUUUUGGAGAUGCAAAAAAUAUAACUUUCUGUACAUUGCGAUUUCCGUGUAUUUAUGCUUUCCUUUUUCAGAAAGUAAGCCCACAUACUUUUUUAUAUUGGUGGCUUCGUCUUUUAUAGCUACGUGUAUGAAACAGCUGAAAUUUUUUGAUGCUGUAUUUUCCAAGAGACCAAUUAUUCUGUGAUCUAGAAAUAAGCGAUAUGUUUAAACUCCUGCGAAUGGAAUCUGUUGUACAUUUGUGGUACAUGAGGCAAUUGCCUAUGGCAUGUCAUUCCUUUUGACAACAUAUCUACGUGAAAAGUUCACAUUGCAAUCAUAAAACUAGUUUUAAACAGAAAAUUGAGCGCAGAUAAGGUUUAUCAUUAUUGCCUUCCUAACCCACCGUGGUGGCGUAAGGGCUUUGGCGUUGCGCUGCUAAGCCUGAUCGAAAGUUCGAAUCCGCUGCCGCAUUUCGAUAUUGACGAAAUGCAAGGACGCCCGUGUAUACCGUGCAUUGGGGGCAAGUUAAAGAUCCCCUAGUAGUCUAAACUAAUCCGGAGUGGCCCUUCCCCCCCACUACGGCGUACCUCAUAUUGUGCCUUUUACACGUAAAACCUCAUAAUCUAAUUUUGUUGCUAUAUUAUUGUUAGCUCCAGUAUAUAAAGCUUUCUUAAAUUGUAUCAAAACAAACACCGCAUGAAAAACACAUUGCCCUGCGAACUUCCUACAGAAUAUGGGCUUCGUCUGCGAUUGUAGCAUGCUGUUAAGCCAUUAUGAACCUUGCAACUAAGUAACCAAAUGCAAGUUAGUUCUGACGAUGUGCGAAGUAUGAUUGAGGUGAUAUUACGAUAUGAAAUCUCAAUAGAUGCACAUUGGACCACUUCACGACAGGCCCUUCUUGCAGCUGUUUCUCUGACAAAUAAACAGUGGAUAUGUUCUUGGGGCAUAUGCGGAAUUACGCGCAUGUAUAGAAGACAAACAAGUACCUCUUCUAAUAUCCACAACUCACUUGUCGGUACAGCCAUUACAUGAUUUGGUAGAACUCAAACAGCUUUUUUGGCGGAACAGUGGUACAUGGAAGAGCUAGGCAGCAGAGAACGCUUGAACUUAAAGAAACUCGCAAGAGAUGCUCAGCGCACGCAUUAAGUCAGCACAUUCAUAAGAGACUGACAAAUUUAACGCAGCUUUUUUUUAUUUAUGCAAUUAUGAAGUUCACUGCCAGCAGGGAGUUGAGAGCAUAGCGUUGUGGAAAUUAGCUUAAUUAGCUAAAGUUUGCAAGUAAGAGAAGAUAAUAUAAACGAAAUAUAUUGAAAGUUGAGGGAAAAGCUCCUCCAGGAGGAGUCAAACGCACAAGUGUCGCAUAGCACCUAACGGUGCUGGAGCAGCCAGUGAACACCUAUUUCACACACGUCUAUGUUAAUUAGCUUUGAAGUCUUACGUGGUGCUGCUGCGAUAGCGUACGUGGGUUAAAAACAGUUGAUUAUCCUCUAAGAAAUACAUUUGCAUUUAUCCCGCACAUAUGACAGGUAAGCAACAUUUAAUGCUUUAAAAAAAAAGCCUGUAAUACCAUUUGGCAGCAUGUCCAUGUCAUGUUUAUGAGUUGCAGUUAUAAAAUUAUCUGCAGACGAAAGCUCGAACGCAGGUGACAUUAGAAAAACAAAUAGAAUUCGAAUACCUAAUUUCUAGUUUUCCGACUCUUUUUGUUUUUCAAACAGCGAAAUUGUGGAUGCUAUAGCGCGGUGUGGCAGUUCUCGUAAUCCUUUCCCAGUUAUCGGCCACAUUUUUUCAGUGCGAGCGUGGAAAGUUUGUAAGAAAAUUUCCUUAUCUUAAAUUUGUAAAGCAACCUAAAAAGGAUCGAGUAUACGCUGUCACAAUUUGCCAGGCUUUUACAAGAACCCUAAAUAGCCACAAAGUUUCUGAAUUGACCGUGUUUUCAUACAUGCCAUGUGUUGCCACAAUGUGUCUUGUUCUAUUCAAAAGAUGCCUAUUUGCUAUAUGAGCAGUGCAUUUUGUCAGUCAUGUUUCUGUUUACGUUUCUGUGCUUUCUGUCUCUUUUUUUUCGUUCUGUAGAGUCGGUUUUCAGUAAUCGUUCUUGAUCUGCCUUCACAGCAGCAGCCCGCGCUAUCAGGGCAGAGUUGCAGUCAUAUGCCAGCUUUCACAACCAAACAUGGUUUAUGAAACCUCAUGACUAUAGAAAUACCGUGUCUGUCACAAGUUCGCUCAGGAGGCACAACCAAACGUACAGGUACCAUUGUACACCGAUGGUCGAGUUAGUGAUGUAUUGAAAUCUAUGAAGCAAUCGUUCACCCAAAUAAAUGGUACCGCCCUGA